AAGAAGAAAAAUUCCCAGUGCUAAAGACAUCACUGAAUGAAUAUUUUUCUUUCUCUCUUUCUGCUCCCCCCUUCUAUCUACCCAUUGAUUGAAAGUCUCUCUCAGCUCCAACAAGGAGUCCCAGGAAAAAUGAACCAUUCUGCUAUCGAUUCUUCAUUAAAAUUACAUUUCUGCAUUUGCUAAAUUGGUUUUAAAAAGCUUCCCCUGUUAUUAUUGUCUUGUCAGAGCCGGCGGUGCUGGGCAAACAGUAUUUAAAAGCUUGGGACCUCUCCAAGAUGAGGCUGUUGGGGGUUAUGUGUGUGCAUGUGUUUCUUUUUCUAAAGUGUUUAGGAAAAUGUUAACAACGCAGACUGGUGAAAAGCACGCCCAAGACAAGCGGAGAAUUGUAAAAAUAAGGAAGGCGGAGGGAACGCUUUCCUUCAUAUCACUUAAAAAUCAUCGAUUGCCUCUUCAAGCAAAGGGGAAAAAAAAAAGUUUCAUUUUAAAUAAUAAAACGGGGCACCAAAAGUCAAUAAUUGCAGCAAGGAGUAUUUGCCUCAGACGCCGUCUCCAGCCCGGUGUGCAGCAGCCGCCGGAUCUGUCUGGAGUGGUUCCUCACCUCCCUGCAGCCCCAGCCCUGCUCGCAGCCGCGCUGAAAUGCUUCCUCGCAAACUGGUGCCCCACGAAUGGUUAUAGCGUACCUGUUUGGCUCUACACCAUCUCUAUACACGUGAAUCUCUGCUCUUUACCCUGCCGACACGUUGGACGCCCACCCUCGCCUUUGCUCCCGAGGGGACGCCAAGCAUUAUCCAAACACCUUCCCCUUCUGUGCUGGGACCCCCGGCGUUUCUUCUCCUGCGAAAACCCUCGGCAGCAGCUCGGUGCGUUGCCUGCCCUGGACGCCUGUUCCUCCGUGCGGCAGUAGCCGUGCCACUGUGACUACGGGAAAAGUGUUCUACGACACAUAUUUUAAUAUCAAUUUCCAUAUUAAUCAAUCACCUCAAACAUCUAUCUGCUGGAUAAAGGAAAUAGUUCGCAUUCCGAAGAAAAUUGCCUGCUUUCCUGCAGUUAAUAGUUAACUCCGUAAUAGAAA